AAGGUUUAUCCAUACCUUGACCCUAUGUGCUCACACACUAGGGUGCAUGAUUAAAUCCCUCGGGUCAUAACGUAGGGUUAGGCACUAGCUUAUUAUUUAUGUUUUUCAAAGUCUAUCCUUAACCUUGUGCUACCAGCACGCGAGUCAACUUGUCCUAUGACGGGCUCGCAGGUAAGUCUUGUGUGUAUGAGGUAACAUGUGCACUAUACACAGACUACCACUAUGAUCACUUGCACCCAUACUAACGGUCUAUCAGGUGCACCCUGGUAGUAUACCAUCUACGACUCCUAACGUCUCCUCAGUAAGUGAGAACUAACCAUUAUUUACCAAAUAGACCUCAGCCAUACUAAGAAAGUUCUCUUACUUACCUUCUUUAAACAAUCCAACUCAGCUUCCUUAAACAAUCCAAACCUUCUUUUCUUGGGUUGGCCAGCUAACCCCUUCAUUUAUUUGUCAACCGACAGAGUUAUUACAGUACCUAUCGCCAUGGUUCACUUCCCUUAUUAUGUACCCUUCCAAUGCCAACUCCACGUAAGCCCCGUACGUAACAAGUGCCUCUGUCCAUUCCUUCUUCACUUCCACUCUUUCCCCUGCCUCUUCCUUUCGUUAGCUCCACUCCCGAACCUUCUCUCCGCUGCCCAUUGCCGGAGCCCGGUCCCUUCGUUGGCAGUCAUGGCCGGAACCAAUCCCCCUAAUGGAGAAUCGCCGCAUGUGCAUGUGGCUGGCACAUGGUACUCCGUGCCGGAGCUUCGUCUCCGGGACCAUUACUUCUCCGUGCCUCUCAGCUACUCUCUAGAUCAGGUUUCUUCUCCCAAGAUCUCCGUUUUUGCCCGGGAAGCUGUUUCAGUGGGGAAAGAGGAGCAACCAAUGCUAUACCUUUUAUACUUACAAGGAGGACCCGGGUUCGAGUGCCCCCGACCAACCGAAGCCAGUGGAUGGAUACAAAAAGCAUGUGAUGAAUUUCGUGUUAUAUUGAUGGAUCAGCGAGGAACAGGAUUAUCAACUCCCUUGACUCCAUCGUCCAUGUCACAAUUUCAAACCGCAGAGGAUUUAGCCAAUUAUUUGAAACAUUUUCGAGCUGAUAACAUAGUUAAUGAUGCUGAAUUUAUUAGGAUUCGUCUUGUUCCUGAUGCUGCUCCUUGGACCAUUUUGGGUCAGAGCUAUGGGGGUUUUUGUGCACUUACGUAUUUGAGCUUUGCACCACAAGGAUUGAAACAAGUCCUCAUAAGUGGUGGGAUCCCUCCAAUUGGGAAUGGAUGCAUGGCAGAUUCUGUAUAUAGAGCAGGCCUUGAACAGGUUCUAAUCCAAAAUGAAAAGUACUACAAGAGAUACCCUCAGGAUGUUGAAUCAGUCCAGGAAGUUGUGAAAUACUUGGAAGAGAAUGGCGGCGGGGUUCCUCUUCCCUCUGGUGGUAUCUUGACACCCAGAGGACUGCAAACUCUUGGUCUUUCUGCUUUGGGGUUCAGCACUGGUUUUGAGCGCUUGCACUAUCUGUUUGAGAGAGCAUGGGAUCCUAUAAUUGUGCCUGGAGCACCGAAACGAAUCAGUUUUUUCUUCCUCAACGAGAUUGAUAACUGGAUACCAUUCGGUUCGAAUCCUCUUUAUGCUCUCUUGAAUGAAUCUGUUUACUGCCAGGGCGCCUCAUCUCGUUGGUCUGCUGAAAGAAUAAGGAAUGAAGUGGGUAGCAAAUUUGAUGCAAAUAAGGCUGUAAAGGAUGGAUUUCCUGUGUAUUUCACUGGAGAGAUGAGCUUCCCGUGGAUGUUUGACGAGAUUCAUGCCUUGAAACCGUUCAAAGACGUGGCUAAUAUAUUGGCUAAUAAGGAGGAUUGGCCUCCUCUAUAUGACAUUGCUGCUCUUAAAAAUAACAAGGUUCCAGUCGCAGCUGCAGUAUAUUACGAAGAUAUGUUUGUCAACUUCAAGCUGACCAUGGAGACAGCUUCCCAAAUAGGAGGAACAAGGCUGUGGAUUACUAAUGAAUUAAUGCAUUCUGGUCUGCGUGAUGCGGGGCCCCAAGUUGUGGAUCAGUUGAUGGGAUUGUUAAAUGGAAAGAGGCCUUUAUUCUAAGGCUUUCUUUUAUCUUUCUUUGUGUUUGAUUGAGUUCUUGUUUAAUAUUGAUUUUAAACAGAAUAAAAGUAUUAUUGUUGUUGUUGUUAA